AUGUUGGUAGAUGAAGAUGAUAAAUUAAAUGACGAGAAGAUGCGAGGCAUUGCAAGAAAACUGUGGAUUGCCGGAUUCUUCUUUUUGCCUUGGGUAUGGAUGAUCAAUAUACUAUUCUUCUUACCACAUAGAAAAGUAUUAUCACCUGCUAUCAUUUGGUAUCUUAAAUAUUCAUUGAUAGGAUUCUUUGUAUAUACAGGUAUAUUUAUGACAUGGAUGGGUAUCUAUCUUGUAAAUAGAAAUAAAUGGGGUGCAUUCGGUGACAGUAUCUCAAUUACAGUUCCAUUUGGUUAA